CUGGCUGGGGCGAGGGGGCUGUGGCAGGAUCUGUAGGGUUGGGGACAGGUUGGUGGCCCGUGGCAGGACUGGGUGGCUGUGGCAGGUGGCUCUGCCCCGGGAAGGGGAGGAGACUGGCGGCACUCCCAGCCCAGCCGCAUCCCUUUCCACCGCCCGCGAUGCUCAGUCUGGCUCAGCCUGGCAGCAGCGCAGGCAGGGAGGGCACCCUGGCCUGGAGGAGGACAUGGAAGAGAACAACCAGACGGAGACCUGGCACCAAAGCCUGCAGGCUGUGCUUAAUGCCUUAAACCAGACACUGCACGGGGUCAUCCUCUGCCCCUCUGACCGCUCUGCCACCACUGCUGCUGCCACACAGAACACCCGCGCCGGCCACCCUGGCCGGAACGACAAUGCCUACAUGUACAUCCUCUUCGUCAUGACGCUCUUCGCUGCCACGGUGGGCAGCCUCAUCCUGGGCUACACCCGCUCCCGGAAAGUGGACAAGCGCAGUGACCCGUACCACGUCUACAUCAAGAACAGGGUCUCCAUGAUCUGAGCCUGGCCCUAACGCCUUGUCCCCAUGGAGCCAGUGGGUUUGGGGUCACAUUGCUGCGCACAUCCCACUGUCUGUGGGAUGUGGCGGUGCUGCUGGCCCCAAAUCUCCUGGGAACCCCCACUGCGGAGAUGCUCAGCCCCAGUGUGAGCAGCACCAGGACAUCCUCACCAAGAUACAGCUCCCGGCUGGCAGGAGCUGGCAAAUGCAACCCACAGGCAUGUCCUGGUCAUGCAGAUCCACCGCGGCUGAGCCUCGUGGGGACAGAGGUGGUAAAGACAGCUUCUUUCCCACCUGGUGAGGCUGACAGAGGUCUUCCAGGAUGAAAAUUCCCUAUUUUCUGAUGCCUACUGGAUCAGCCAACAUUGACCUCCAUGGGCUCCCAGCAGCUGAGUGACAUGGGCUUUUCUGGUGCUGAAGCCCUGUAACUUUUGAGCUGGGCUAGGCCCUGUUCUUCUGGCAGGGAAUUAAAGGAGGUGGUGGGUUC